AGUUCGGACUCCAGAAGGUUCGCGCGAGAACUCGAGCUCUCCAUUCUUCCUCAAGUUCCGGCACACCAAAUCCACCACAGAGCCGAACGUUCCAGACCCCGCCAAGGCACCAGUUCCUCCCCACCCCGGCCGCAGCUCUCCGACGAUCCAGCCCCGGCCGAGAUCGAGGCCCUAGCCUAACGACGCGACGCGCGGCGCCAUCGCGAACUUCGCCACAGCAACCGCAGGAGCUGGCAAUGGAUGUCCUGAAGCGCGAGCUGCAGCGGAAGCGCCAGCUCCUGGACGCCGACUUCGGCGCCCGCAAGAUCCUCCGGCGCGCCGAGAUCGAGGCCCGCGAGCUCCAGCGCAUCCGCGAGGCCGAGCGCCGGCGCCUCCUCCAAAAGCAGCUCCGGGAUUCCCACCCGGCAGCCUCCUCGCCGCCCGGUACCUACUCUGGCUCCUCGCCCGCCUCCGCGGCAGCCGACGCGCCACCAGCGGAGAAUGGUGCGAGUGGCCAGACGGAGUCGCUCCCGAGGGACGAGGUCAUCCGACGCCUGCGCGUGCUGCGGCAGCCGGCCACGCUCUUCGGCGAGGACGAUGCCGCGCGCCUCCGCCGUCUGAACGACGUGCUCGAGGACCCCACCGCGCUGGCCGACGUCGACGCGGACGAGAUCGGGGAGGGGCAGACCAACGACUUCCUCCGCGACAUCCAGGCGCUGCGGGUCAAGGCUGCGGCAGCGACGAAGCCCAAGGCCGGCGCGGAGGCCCAGCGGAGGGAGGGCGACGGCGAGGAGAGGGAGGUGCCGUUCGAGGAGCUCUGCGACGAGGAUAAGAUCGCCGCGUUCUUCAGGAGGCUGAUGGGCGAGUGGAGCCAGGAGAUGGACGAGAUGCCCGAGGCGGAGCGGCGUACGGCCAAAGGGAAGGCCGCGGUGGCCACCUGCAAGCAGUGCGCGCGAUACCUCGACCCGCUAUUCAAGCAGUGCAAGAAGAAGGAGGGCGUCAUCCUGAAUCCACAAACACAACAAUUGAUGAUCAGGUUGCAACUUGUGCUUUCAGCUCUCCCUCCUGACGUCCGACAGGCAUUGUUGGAGGUGGUCAAGUGCUGCAUGAGACGAGACUAUUUGGCUGCAGUGGACAAUUAUAUCAAGCUAGCAAUCGGCAACUCGCCAUGGCCAAUUGGUGUGACCAUGGUUGGUAUUCAUGAGCGAUCGGCCCGCGAGAAGAUCUACACGAACAGCGUGGCUCACAUCAUGAAUGAUGAGACAACCAGAAAGUACCUGCAGUCCGUGAAGAGACUCAUAACAUUCUGCCAGAGGAAGUACCCCACUGAUCCAUCAAGGUCAGUGGAGUUCAACAGCCUGGCAAAUGGAAGUGAUCUGCAGUCUCUCCUGGCGGAGCAGAACGCGAAGAAUUCAGAAGAAACUCUUCAAUUAGUGGCAGCUUCGUGAUUCUUGUGUGAUUCAUUCGUGAUUCGAAAACUGCUUAAUUCUUAUGAACAUGAAUUGCAUACCUGAUUGUUACAGGAUUGUGGAAGCUACUGUAAUUGGAAUUCAGGUUUAAAUACUGGUGUUGGACGUUGCUGGGUUCGACCAUAUUAAAUUUUUCUCUGAA